CGAGACAAACAAGCCAGACAGCCAGGCAUCUCGAGCCCAGCUGUGUGCUGCUUGAAUUCACCUCAAAUUCCGUCUCUCGUUUAACCAACACUCCUCUCCGACGAGGCCACGAUCUCUUGCUUUCACUGCAGGACUCACUCCCUUCUAGCAUGCUCGUAUAGGGCAUUAGCAAGCAUGGCUCAGCCUUCAACUCCAUCUGGCGGCCCCCACUCCAUUUUCGGAGGCGGCUCCAGCUCUGCCAAUGCAAACAAUCAACUCUCGACUGUCCUCACUCCUUCCUCCGCCGUCUCCUCGAACAACACAUUCCUCAUGCCUAAUUCCCCGGUUAAGGGUGGCGUUCUCAGUCGAGAUGGAUAUCGACCAAAGGUCACCAGAACUUUGGGUCAGAGGCCUGCUUGUUUGGUCAACGCCUCAGUCACCUACUGCGGAAACAACCAAAUUUACGCCUUCGGCGGUUUCGACCAAUACACGGAUGAGGUCUACAAUCAUGUGCUGAAGCUGGACAUGGUCAGUCACACGUGGAGCCUGGUUGAUAACUUUGGCGAUAUUCCAGGCGUCAGAAUGGGUCACACUGCCACAUUAUACCAAGGAGAUAAGCUCUUGAUCUUUGGCGGCGAGAACGAACAUCGAAUCUACCUCUCCGAUCUCAUCAUCUUCGAUCUCAAGACUGCACAUUGGACACAACCCGCAGUCAGCGGACCAAUACCAAAAGGCCGGGCCAGACACGCUUCAGUGCUUCACGAGGAUAAGCUCUUCAUCAUUGGAGGAAUCACAGGCCACAAUAAUUAUGUCCUCGAUGACAUCUGCUACCUCGACUUGAAGACCUUUACUUGGUCAAGAGCCUGGAAGUUUGUUGGCAGAUUCGACCAUUCGGCAUAUAUAUGGGGUGACCGGGUUUGGGUGUUUGGCGGAUUGAGUGAAGACAUGGACAAGAUUGGUGAUAUCUGGUGGCUUGAUGUGAAGGGAAGUCCGGCUUUCGAUUCGGCCCCGUCUUUUGGCCACCUCGACAGAAGCUCGGCUUUGGCUCGUAUGAAUGGCUCCCCUCGACCGUCAUACUCGAUGGGGCCGCCACCUGCGGUUGGAAGCUCCGGAUACGCUGCCAAUUCAAGCAGUGCACAAGUCAAUCCGCCCUCCUUUCAGCUCACAACUUCACCACCUGUUGCUCCUGGCACAAUUUCAUCACUGAAGUUUGUUUCGGGCCCGAAUAUUCCUGCACAGGGAUCUGGCAUGCAUUUCCAUGUCUAUACAUCCGGCACCCUCCUCGACUUCGUCACCCCUGCUGCGACUAUCACUCCAAAUGAAUGCUCCUUAUCCUCGUUGGACCUCGAUACUUUGCGCUGGCAGAAGCUGGCAGAAGGUUGUGAUAUCUUCACUCGCGGGUACAGAUGGCAUUAUUGCACAAUGAAUGAGGAUGGUACAAAGGCGUGGUUGCUUGGGUGUCCUACGGAUCCCACCGCUACCGAUCUUGGACCUGGUGGCUUCGAGGAGUACUUGAGUGACAUCAUGGAAGUUGAUCUGCGUCGGUAUGGUAUAAUUGGAAACAAUCUUACCCCUGAACCUCGCGUCGAAAGAUCGCAAAUGCCCUCUGCCGAUCGCAUGGUCGUGCAAGCUUCCAAGGGUCUCGGUGCAGAUCUCGCCAAAUUGUUUAAUCAACCCCCCGAGAGUGGCAGCGGAACCGAUUUCACAAUUACAGCCUUGAAAGAUGGGGAUUGGGACGACGAGGAAUUGAUGAGCUCUAGCAUGAUGCGGGCUGAGGAUCAAGCCCAGCAAACUUGGCUCGACCCAAAUACUACAACCUCGCCUCCAAUCCACGUUCACAAGCUCAUCCUCCAAGCUCGCUGGCCACACUUCGCCCGUCUCUACAACGCACAAAUGGCAGAAUUCCACACCAAGAAAAUGCACAUCCCCGAACCAUACUCCGUCGUCAAAGCCUUCCUGUACUACCUCUACACCGACAGCAUCCAGCCCGAAGACUGCGGCGAGCUCAGCGAUGUCGCCGGUCUCCUCGUCAUGUCAAACAUCUACAACAUCCCGCAUCUGCGCCUCCUGUGCGUCAACCGGCUCUCCAAGGAACUCGACGUCGACCACGCUUGCAUCAUCUGGCACUGCGCUGGCAUCGCCAACGAGGACUGGCUACGCAAGCGUGCUGCGAACUUCUGCCUCAUGCACUGGGGCCGCGUCGUCCGGACCCAAGGAUUCCUGAAACUCCCGCGCCAAGCACUCGUUGAACUCUCCCAGGAAAUCGACAUGGAAGGUCGUGUUGUUGGAGGCGAAGAACUCGAGUUUGUCGGCGGUCUCGGGGGUUCCAGGUUCGGCUUCGGAGGCAUGGCGAGGAAGGCGAGUGUCUCGAGUAAUCAGACGCAGCCGCUUGGCAGCGAAGUCGAUGAGAAUGAGGAGAUGGAGAUGUCUUGAACCUAUUCCUGUUUCUUUGUUAAUCGGAUAUUGAGCGAGGAUUGCAUAGCGGCGAAGGGCGUUUUCCUUUUUUCUGGGCGGUGGUAAAGGUUAUGCUUUGACGCUGAUGCUUUAUGCGCGACGAAGGGAUGGCAAGAAAUGCGAAUGAGAUACAUAAAUACUAGGUAGAUUUUCAGACGGCGGCAUGGCAUUGCUGGCGUUUGUGGGGAGGGCGCAGCUGUGGAAAGGGAGGAUUGCGUUUGCCUUUGCUAGAGAUACCUUCCUUGCUGAAUAAAUGUGAGCUUUGAUUAAACG